UUGAUUUCAGCUCAACACCAUUUUUAUUUGUCGUUCGAGAAUAGUGUAUGUGAUGCGUAUGCAACCGAAAAAUUAUUCUGGCCAAUGCAACAGUUAAUCGUGCCGAUCGUCUUGAAAAGGUCAAUCGCAAUGACAUUCAUUCCACAUGGAUCCUUCAUCGCAGUGGACGAUUUUGAAUCACCAAAACAUCUCGCCGAUUACCUGAAACGUUUACUCGCCAACAAAGAUGAAUAUUUGAAGUUGGUGAUUCCACAUUCCUUCAGCCGAAUCCUCUCCGAGAAAUACCCUCUCCCUUCACUCGUUCACCUUUAA